AUGAUGUUGUUACAACUAGGCAAUUAUGACCUUGAUGUCAUCUAUAUACCAAGUACUAAGAUCCCACUGGCCGACACGCUGUCUCGCAAACAUUUGCCAAACAGUUACCCACAGUACUCAAAGGGCAUGGACUCUCAUGUUCAUAGCAUCAUUAGUAGGGUACCCAGCACAAGCCGUAGGUUAGAUGAUAUUUGCAUCGCAACUGCAAAUGACCUGAACCUCCAAACCUUAAUCAAGACCAUUCUGAAUGGCUGGCCUACUGAAAGGAAGUCGUGUGACUCCUCUCUUAUAGAAUUUUGGAACUACAGAGAUGAAUUGUCCUACAUAGAUGGACUUGUGCUAAAAGGUCAUAAGAUUCUUAUCCCAAGGUCACUCCGUAACCAAAUACUAGGCAGCCUCCACAUAGGUCAUGCAGACAUCGAGAAGACCCUCCGUAGAGCGCGUACUGUCCUAUUUUGGCCCGGUCUCCAUACUGAUGUACAAAAACUUGUAUCUAGUUGCCCGCAGUGUUUGUCUUAUAGAAAUUCAAACCCCAAAGAACCCCUUAACCCCCAUCCAACACCUGACUACCCUUGGCAAGUAGUUGACACAGACUUGUUCCAAUGGGACGAGAAGGAUUAUUUGAUUGUAGUAGAUUACUACAGCCGUUACUUUGAGGUGACCCACCUUAGUACAACCACUAGUAAAUCCAUUGUAAAGCAAAUAAAGUCAAUCUUCUCAAGAUUUGGCAUACCCGAAAAAGUAGUGUCUGACAACGGGCCCCAAUACAGCUCCUCGGAAUUCACCAACUUUGCUUCAGAUUAUGGGUUUAACCAUGAUACUUCCAGUCCAAAAUACCCUCAAUCAAAUGGACUAGCCGAAAGAACUGUCCAAACUAUCAAAAGAAUAUUUCAGAAGUCUAAGGGUAACAAAAGCGACCCCCACCUAGGGAUCUUGGAAUAUCGAAACACACCUAUCGACAACUUAGGUUACUCCCCUGCUGAGUUAUUGCAAGGUCGACAGCUCAGGUCAAUAUUACCUGUACUGCCCUCCCAGCUUGCCCCACAGGUUCUAGACCAUCAUAAGGUUGUUGUAAAUAUGCAGAACUGUAAGGAUAAGACCUCAAAGACUUAUAGUAGGUCAAGCCAUGAGUUGUUGCCAUUAACUGAAGGUGAAAAUAUUCGAUUUCAGCAGGAUUCCAAGUUAUGGAAACCUGGCCACAUCUUUACAUCGAGAAAAACUUGCAACCGUACUUUGAAUACAGGAUUAUUCCAAUUUCUGUGA